AUGGACGUACACGGACGGUUGUUUCUGAUUUCUUCGUUUGCCGUCAGCUUCACGCUCAGCGUUGCGUCCAAGCUGCUGCAAGAGUGGGCUGAGGCAACGCCAUCACCAUCUCUCGAGAACCAUUUCCGGCUCGUAAGCGACGGAGCGGUGUUGGUUUUACAUUUUAUCUAUCUCGUUAGUUCCCGUGAUUCCGGACUGGUUCCACCGGCUGACUCGUUCCGGUUUCUUCUGAAAACGAUUGGACCACAAAUGGCGCGUGUUUAUGUUUGCAUUCAGUUCAUGUCGUCGAUCGUCGGGAGUCACUACAUGUCGCUUUGUGCUUGUGACAUCAUCGUUGAAUAUGUUGAUAUUUUACUGGAGCAACGAUUCCACAUAGGGGUGGAUCAGUGUUGGAGGCGUUGGAUUGCGUUGGCUUCCAACUUGUUGUUGACGAUUUUCAACUGCUGCAGUGUUCACUGGACGACGCCAAGUUACGGGAUCUACAUGAAGGUACUCUUCAUAAGCUUCUGGAUGGCAAAAAUAUGGCUCAACUUCCCCUCACUUGUGAUCAUCAUUCGCAACAAUUGGCAGCAUCCUGCACUACUGUUCAUCCUGACAAUCGCCUUGCUAGCUCUGCUGGUAGCAAUCAAGGAACUAAAAUGUUUCCCACCGGAUACCACGUCAGCAAACCAAACCGUCUUGCUCCCGCUGUACGAACACCUAGUUGGUGUCAAAUGCCCAGAGCUACCGGUCAUAGUUUCCUGUUUCUACGCUGGAUCAAUGAAUAGCUACUUCCUCUCGUUGGAACCCAGCCUCACGGCAGCUCAGUUGGAUCAUCUACCAAGUGUUUUCAAACUAUUCAGCAGAAAUAACAAUUCCCCCAUUCUGCUUCUGAUCGUCAAAUUCUUCAUCACAGCCACGGUCGUUGUAUACCUGAGUGACGAUUACGAUCUGCUGGGAUCAACCUGGAACUGCUUGUUCCUCAUCAGUGCCUUCCUGUUUGAUUUUGCCCUGGUGAAGGAGAAUUGCACCACGCUGGUGUGUACGAACAGUGACAAACUUACUGCUGCGGCAACGAUGCUGAUGCACGUGGGAUUUCAACUGGCAAACCUUGGUUGGAUCUAUCAUCGACUGACUGGAUUGGCUGAUAUAAUAAAGUCACUGUUCUUGAUGUUUGUGGUCACAAAAGUGAUUUUCAAGUUGGUAGAAAAUGGCCAAGUUAUUGAUUUUUGUAUCAACACCCUGAAACUGGAGUGCCACUGCCAACCGCGGGAAGAAGAGAAACCACCCAUUGCUGCAAAGGGAAAUCUGCUAGACGACCUAGUGUGA